GCACGAGUGUGGAGUUGGAGUUGCCGGGAGUUUUUGUGCUGGGUUUGGCUUUUUUUCCCCCCCUCCUUCCCUGGCCGCCGGAGCGUUGGCGGGAGGAGCCCGGAGGAGCCCGGAGGAGCCCGCAGCCAGGAGUGAUCUGACUGUGGCAGGGUCCCCACCAGCACCACACUCCCUGGGAGCCGGGGGAGUCGUGUCAUCCUUGAGAAGCAGCAUGGCCUAAUGGCAAGAGCACGGGCUUGGAAGUCAGAGGAUAGAGAUCCCUUGUCGUGCCGUCUCUCGCUGAGUUACGAUGAGCGCCAAGUCGACCAUCAGCAAGGAGAUUUUCGCCCCCCAGGAUGAGAGGAUGCUGGGAGCCGUCCAAGUCAAGAGGAGAACAAAGAAAAAGAUCCCUUUCCUGGCCACCGGGGGGCAGGGAGAAUACCAGACCUACAUCUGCCUGUCAGUGACCAACAAGAAACCAACGCAGGCGUCCAUCACAAAGGUCAAGCAGUUCGAAGGUUCCACCUCUUUUGUCAGGAGAUCGCAGUGGGCGCUCGGGCAGCUCCGCCAAGUCAACGGCAUCGACCCCAACCGGGAUUCCCCCGAAUUUGACUUGCUCUUUGAAAAUGCUUUCGACCAAUGGGUGGCCAGCACAGCUUCUGAAAAAUGCACCUUCUUUCAGAUCCUCCAUCACACUUGUCAGCGGUACCUCACGGACAAGAAGCCAGAAUUUAUUAACUGCCAGUCCAAAAUAAUGGGGGCUGGCCAUGAAGCACAAAUGCUGAGGGACUUUCCAUCCCCGAGAACCUCCCACGAAAAACUGGAAAGUUUGGUUGAGCAAUUUUUACAAGAAACCCAAAUCUCCACCUGCUUCUCCUUGCCAAUUCAGUGGAAGUUGCGUGUGUGGGGGUGUGGGGGUGUGUGUGUGUGUUUGUUUCGCAGGUGUCAGUUUGGGGAGCGGGGCCGGGGGUGGGGGGAGAUGUUUUGUUCUGACAUCUCUGGGCGAGCAAGUGGAGAAAUGCUGCAGUAUCUUUGACUCUGGUUGGGAUUUUCCCACCAGUUAGGUUAGUGAAGGGAGCGGGGAGGUGGUUGUUUUUGCCUCUUUUGAUUUGCCCAGGGUUGGGGGCGUUGUGGAAGGGGUUGUUUUUGUUUUCUUAAGAAAACUAUGAAAAUUGGACCAAAUGUUAAACUCUGCUGGGUACUCCAGCAAAGCCCACUUUUUUCUUCUGGAGUGAAACAUUUCAGUUUGGGUGCGUCCAAUGUUACCACUGUCAUUCGGAAAUAAAAUUCCAAGACUGACGACAUGCUGUCUGUGUAGCUCAUGCAAGGAGAAGUUGGGCGUCAGCAUUCACCAGCCCCAAUCCCUCGAGACAGGCAGUUGUGUCUUGGGAAGCGCAGGCGGCAUUGGCUCUCGCCAGCGCUUGAAACCUGAACCCCCAAGAUGAAUCUGCUGUCUCUGCUUCACUCCCAAUUUGCACCCUUUUUCAGGAUCAGUCACUCAGACUGUAGUGUGGCGGGACGUUGGCUUUGAGUGUUGGCUGUUUGGGAGACAUGUGAUAUCCAAACCUCAGGCUUCCCUUUCCUUAUCUUUGCCCGAAAAUGAGCAGUCUCACUAAAGAAGCCUUGGAUUUUAUAAAGAACAUAUUGGUCCAGGUCUUAGAGAGCUUUGUAAGUGAAAUGGGAAGCCUAAGUGUCUAUUUUCCGUGCUAUUUUCAUGAUGAAGUCCCCUGGUCUGGUCUGUAGCCCUUGAGACACGUUAUUACCUAGGGACGGUGGGAUAUUUAUCUAGGCCUGCCUUGUUGCAGGUCACUGAGCCGGGCCCCUGUGCAGUUCCUUUAUGUCUGACCUGUGUUGAUUUUUUUUUUAAGUAUUAUUGUUCUAAUUUUACUAUUUAUUUCAGGUCAUUUAAAUGGGAAGCGUUUUGGGAGGGGAAAAAACAGUCUCCCGGCGGUUGCUAGUAUGUCAUUAAGCAGUCCCCCUGUCUAUUUGAUGCCUGCCUUCCCUGCUUCAGUCCAGAUGGACAAGUGGACUAACCCUUCUCCUGGAGGAAGGACAGUUUCCAGGUCUUGCUUAUGACAGCUCUGCCCUCAGAGCCUUUGGGGGCACUUGUUUGCUCAGAGGGUCAGAGCCUAAGCCCUGGGUUAAUGCUCCCACCCUUCAUGAGCACGCAGAGGCCAAGUGCCAUCCUCCCCCCAGCUCAGACUCGCCCUGCUGUUCAUUGCUUUUCAAACCGCAUGAUACUUCAGAACCUUUUUCUCGGUUCCCACCUUACUGUUGAGCCAAAGUUGACCUAAUCAGAGUGUGCUGCAGCCUUCCACGGAGGGAAUGAGAAGCCUUUGCAUUAUUUAUGCCAUUCUGCACAGCCAAAGGUCACCUGAUCAAGCUGUCUUGGGGAAUUGAGAACGAAAGUUGUAGCUCUGGGGGGAAAGAUCUCUCCGGCGGUACUUCAAUGUCGAGUUGGAGACGGGAUUCAUCUGAGUCCUAUUUCUGAAUCCUCUGAGGGAGCUCUUCCAGAUAAUCAUCUUUGGCCAGAGAUUAUUCAGGAAAGACAACCGGUAUUGAGAUUUUUUUGUGUGUUGCUUUUCUCUUUCGUCUCACAAAAGUAGUUUAAAGAGGUCGGCAGCUUGCUACCUCCUUAGUACCAAUAUCAUGGAGGAAUAGAGAAUUGCCCCAGCACACCUUCCAUGCAUUACCCCAAAUAAGCCCAGCCCUUGCUCUGGGAAAUUAUUGCUGUUGUCACCAGAAUAUUGAGAACUUGGAAACCAUCCCCCACUUCAGUGAUUAGCUUUCUCCAAUCUUACCCCCGCCCAGUUCUUAGACACAAUCGCUCGGCCUUCAGUCUCACUCCUUAUCGAAUGCAACACACACCCUCGACAACUAUUGCCAAACUAAGCAGAGGGGGGCCCAGGGAGACUGCUUGCUACAGAGAGCGCCGUGAAGUAAUUAUGUUCUGCAUAAGCCCCUAGAUAUAAAUUUUAGAACCACAGAUUGGAUCCCUGCUAUCGCAUGGAUAUUCUGAUGGCAUAAAUAAUUUACAGAGCAAAUCUACAACCCCAGAAAAUCCAGACUGAGGGGUGGGGUUGUGGAGGAGGACUGGUUACCAGCAAAUAAAACCCAGCACGAUAUUAGGGCGCACUGCCUUGAGGUUGAGCAGGUGAGGUCAGAAGCAUAAUAUAAAAUUCCCAGCCCUUCCUUUUGAGCUGAACCGGUGUUAAUUACAUCUCCUCACUUUGUGCUUUCUGCACUACUCUGUGCCUCUCUUAACUUCCCUUGGCACUCUUGAGCCCUGUGUUCUCGGGGAAAGUUGUCUUGAUGAGAAGCAAGGAUGUCUGGAUGAGUUCCCAGCUUCCUUCACUGAUUGGCUUCUUGACCUCGGAAACUCCUUGACCUACCUUCCCACAGUUUAGUCAUCUGUAGAGCAAGGAAAUAAAUUCCUUUUCUUUCCCUAGCUACUUCACAGGGCGGUUGUGAGGAGCCCUGGAGCUUUUGUUAGUGAUGUGUGCUUCUCUGAGAUUCUUGGUUAGAAGGUGCUAUGAUAUUAAAGUAUUACAAGGUCACAUCCCAGGGCAAAGAACUACAAAAGAUGUUGAUGAUUUGGGGCCAGUCCCGUUUAUUGUGCUCAGAGAAGGUGAUAAUUUGUUUCAUUCCAGCUCCCCAUUACAUUUCUGGAUGUAGUGUUCCUGAUGAAACUCCCGAACACCAUCCCACACGGAAGGGAAAACUUCACAGUGUUGCAAAUUCUUCCCGGAAUGUAGCCGUCGUAGUCCACUCUAGUAUUACUAGGCAUCGGUGUACAGGAAGUAUACCUUUAUUCAGGUUAAUGUUUCAUAUUACAGAAUGUAUUUGUAAAAUGUAACAGGAUCGGUAGCUGUAGUCACUUUUUUUAAGAUCCGCAAAGAAUGAAGGUUGUGUGUUAGAUAUAAAAUUCCAGUGAACUCUGUCUUUACUUUGGUAGCUAGCAAAAGGUUGUGCGUUCAUGUGAAAAUAUUUGGAGAAUGUUCUUAAACAAGUGGUCAUAAAGGUAGGUCGUACUCUAAUUUGCCAAAUUGUGAAACUGCUGAUAUCUGUUGUACAGUGUUUUAAUUUCAGAGAUGUUUUCAAGGCUGUCAAAUAGAGUUUUGUUUCAUUCCAAGGCAAGUGGGGCUACUCUGUUGAUGAUUGUUGCAAACUCUCAUUUUUUCAUUAAACAUUUUAAGUCUGGA